AUGCAUUUGAUUCCAAACUGUUUUUUGCUCCUUUUCCUGAUAAAAACAUCGGAGUCAAAAGUAAAAAUCAAUUUGAUGACUGGAACAUUAGUUCACAAUCUGAACUGUGAUGAUCUCUCCAAAAGUUUGGAUGACUUAUCACAGAAUAAGGUCUUGAGUUGUGCAGCUCUGUGUGGAAAUAAUGAAACCUGCGAACUAUUUUACUGGAAGCAGGAAACAUGUUUUAUCUGUCCAUAUGGGAAUGUAGAAACGGUGGAAGUAAACGAAGAUGGUUUUCCAAUCGGGAUCAAAUCCCAACCAGAAGAUGAACCCGUUUGUCCAACAUCAAAUAUCACUUUGCCUGUAAGAUUGUCUACAUUUUCAAAUUAUUCAAGUACUUCACCACAUUUCAAUUUUUCCUCUCUGGUUAGCUCUACAACAACCGCUCUUAAAACCACAGCAAGAUUAACAUUCAAGGCAACAACAACUAAACGUACCACACCUGUCCCCGUGUGCCGGGAAAACUAUGCUCAUUUCUUAAGAGGAACUGCCGACUACUGUAUUGGAAUUGAAGUCAGUCAAACACUUUCUACAAUAACUAAAGAUCAAGGAAUCGAGUUGUGUGAGAAAGUCGGGGGGAGAAUAACGGGACCAAAUACGAUACAAGAACGAGAUUUUCUGAGAGACACGACUACUCAAAUCUUUGGAAAUCGACUAUCUCCAUACGGAGUUGGAGUUUGGAUCGAUGGAUCACGAACAGAGGAAUGUGAUGGAGGGAAUGCGAUUUUUAUUUCGACUUGUAGUAACAUAACGGCGUUCACAUUUUCCGAUUCAACGUUGAAAGACCGUUUCGGAUACAUGUUCAUAACAGGCCAACCAGAUGGAGCAUACUCUUCGCAGAAUUGUCUUCAACUUAUGGUUACAACGAACAAUAUAAAUGGAUUAGUAGAUGACCUACACGACGGGUGGCUAUUCAAACAAUCUGAAUUAGGAAUGCUCCUACUUGCCUUGAGAUGCUCGCUGAUUGGAUGCACCUACGCAGUUCUAAUCAGCCAUUUCAUAGCCUAUAUAGUUGCAGUUCCGAACUUAGAAACUCGGAAGUACAUCCAAGAAGAUUUUCUAGAACUUUAUGAAGCCGAUUCUUUGAAAUUAAACUUUUUUGCUUUGAUGUAUAAAGAAGCUCCGCUUGAAAUAUUGAUAAAAUCUUGGUUCGGAGCAAUUGCAGGAACUACAGUAUCGGUGGGGUCAAUUUCAAUUUUUAUGACAUUCUCUUAUUUGAUAAUGAAACAUCUAAAACAAAAGCAACUUGGAAUGAGUGAGAAAACAGCAAAACUACAACGAGAGCUGUUUCGUGCUCUGAUUGUCCAAACUGCAGUCCCAAUAUGCCUGAGUUUUGCUCCCUGUAUGUUGAGUUGGUACACCCCAAUGUUUAAUAUGAAACUUGGAAAAUGGUUGAAUUACACUGGAGCAGUUCCAUUGUCUGCCUUCCCAUUCAUUGAUCCUCUGGCUGUUAUUUUGUGUUUACCUGGAUUGAGAAGAAGAAUAUUUGGAAAGGGGAAAGCUAGAAUUUCAAGUCUUGCUGUUAUUGGAAUAAAUAAAUUGUUUUGA